AUGAUGUCCUCCCACCAUCACCAUCAUCCGCAUCAUCAUCACGAUAACAUCAUGUCGGAGGUGGAAGUGCCGGAUGCAAACAUAGUCGAGGUGGUGGACGGAAGUGCCGGGUUUGGGACGGAGAUAGACUACGAUCAGUACGGUGGUGUGGAUGGGCACUACGAGGAGGUAACAUGCGAAACGGAGGACUCCCAGGGGUUGAUGGGACACCAUCUGCACCACGGGGACGAUGACGAGGAGAUACUUCACCACGAACCAGACAUUGGACAGGCAGUGCACGAAGAGGUGCUGGAUUCGUCCGGUGAUGCAAUGUGCGUGUACGGGGACAUCAAUCUGGAGAACGAAAUCUACAUCGAGUCGGCAACGACCAACCCCGGACCCUCGUCGCGGAAGCGAAAGUCCCUGAAGCAGUCCAGGAGCAGUGGCAUGAUGAAUCGUAUUCGGGCGAACGAUAACCAUAGCAACCAUCACAGUCACCAUCACCAUGGCUUGACGGCGGUUGAGCAGCUAGAUGUCAAUCAUAAGCGGCGCCGCUGGGAGCAGAAACAGGUGCAGAUCAAAACAAUGGAGGGUGAGUUUAGUGUGACAAUGUGGGCGUCCGGUACGGAUGAUGACGACGGUUCCAAUCCGGAGAUCGAUCCAGACUACACGGAGUACAUGACGGGCAAGAAGAUCACACCGGACUGCGACAGUAUACCGGGCAUCGAUCUGUCCGAUCCGAAGCAGCUGAGCGAAUUUACCCGACCGGCACACAAAACGAAAGGCGGCAGUGGCAAACUGUCUUCCAGUUCGUCCACCAACAUGCUGUCCGCAGACGGACCAGGGCUAAUACUCGGCGGUGACGGUGGUAGCAGCGGUGGCAAAUCGUCCUCCGACGUGUCCGACCGCAACAUUGCCUGCCCGCACAAGGGUUGUACGAAGAUGUUCCGCGACAAUUCGGCCAUGCGGAAACACCUGCACACACACGGCCCACGGGUACACGUGUGUGCCGAAUGUGGCAAAUCGUUCGUCGAAAGCUCGAAGCUAAAGCGUCACCAGCUGGUCCACACGGGCGAGAAACCAUUCCAGUGUACGUUCGAGGGUUGCGGCAAACGAUUUUCGCUCGACUUUAACCUCCGGACGCACGUGCGGAUACACACCGGCGACCGUCCGUACGUGUGUCCGUUCGAUGGCUGCAACAAGAAGUUCGCCCAAUCGACCAACCUCAAAUCUCACAUUCUAACGCACGCGAAGGCGAAGCGCAACAGCAGCAGCAGUAGCAGUGGCAGCAGCAGCAGAAACCAGAGUCUUAUGCAAACCGCGUCGCCGCAUCACACGACUUCGGGUAUUUUACCACCGCAAGCCUUUGUGAAGAUGGAAUCGGUCGAGAUCGACAACGAUGCGUCGCAGUACAUAAUCUACACGGAUUAA